GCUAGCUGCCUUGGGCAGCAUCUCCCCUUCCCCAGGCAGGAUGGGGUUACAGCGAAUGGCGCUGCCCUCUCUGAUCCACCCUUCUCUGGAAAUGGGAAGGGGAGGCUGGCCUUGGUUCCCUCCACAGAGCUAGACAGUUCCUCCAGCUGCCAGGCUUCCACUCCGACAGCUGUAGGGGAGAGGGGAAGGUGCCUGCUGCUGCUGCUGCGCUCCGGGACUGGAUCAGCCCCACAAUCCACGCCCCGCAGAUUGGAGUCCCGGCGACCAGCCUCAGCAAAAGGAACUGUGUUGCCGAAGCCCCCUCUGUGUGGGAGUAGCUGGAGACCCUGGUGGGGGCAGCAGGGCGACAGUGAGGAGUCUCUGAGCUUUCAGGCGCCGUUUGCUGGCUGCAGCGAUCGCUGGGUGUAUUGGACCGAUCCGUACAGCCCAGCCUGGACCCCCCACUUUUGGAUGUGGGGGGGCAACUUCUCCAAGGCGUCGUGGGGGCCUGCUGGCUCCCAGCCCUUGGCCUGCUGCCUCUGACUUCAAAGCUGACGCAGCCACAACCUUCUGGUCUGAAUUAAGCCCAGCUGUGCGGAGCUGCAUUCUUUGGGGCUGGCUCCUGCUCCCCCUCCACCCCCCUGUCGGCAGCACAUUCCACCGCCCGCUCCGGAAGCCCCGGAGCUGCCCUGUCCUGACAGCUGCGCCGCAUCUGCCUGCUGUGGAGCCCGGUGACCCAGCUGCCCCGAAGGAAGCAAGAGCGACAAACAGCCCCCCACCGGGUCCUGUCCCCACACGGCCAGCCAGCCCGUAGGCCAGGUGAGGCCAGGGUCUGUGCCCUCCGGGGCUGGGGGGUCUCUAACUCUGCCCUAGCCCCCCCCGGGGGCGUGAGGCUUCCAUGGGGCUUGCCGGCGCCUGCUGCCUGCUGCCGCUCUGCCUGCUUGUGGGGCUGCUGACCCCCAGCCCAGGGCAGCCCCCACCGGAGUUGACGGAUGACGAGAUUGAGGAGUUCUUGCAGGGCUUCCUGCGGGAGGUCAGCCCCGAGGGCGAGGAGGAAGCCGGGGGGAGGGGGCUGGAGGAGCCCCCCGAGCCACAAGGGAGGCUGAAGCCUGCAGGGAAGGACAAGGCAGCCAAGGCCCCCACGGAGGUGGAAGAAGGGACAACUGUGAAGGUUAAAGAGAAACCUAAGAAAGGGAAAAAGGAGAGGCCUCCCAAGCCCACCAAGAAGCCCAGGGAGAAGCAGCCAAAGGCCACCAAGAAGCCCAAGGAGAAGCAGCCAAAGACCACCAAGAAGCCCAAGGACAAGGACCCAAAGGCCACCAAGAAGCCCAAGGAGAAGCAGCCAAAGGCCACCAAGAAGCCCAAGGAGAAGCCUCCCAAAGCCACCAAGAAGCCAUCUGUCGGAAAGAGGCCCAAGAUACCAACCCCCACCCAGCCCUACGAGGAAGAGGAGAGGUACCGGCAACCCGAGAGACCUCUGAUCCCCCCGCCAGCCGAAAAGGAUUAUGACCUGCCCGAGACUCCCAGAAUCGCCUCACCCUAUGACGAGGAAGAGGAGAGGUCCCGGACCUAUGGGGAACAGGACAAAGAUGGAUUUCCCGAGGAGCCGGAUGAGUCGCGUUGGGCUGAAGAACAGGAGCCGGGGAGCCACCGGAAUGAGUUCCAUGAGCCCCCGACGGAGCCAUGGGAGCCCAGCAGGGAGGACCGGAGACCGGCGCCCGACCCUGUGCUGACGGAAGAGCCCGAGCCGCCCACGCUGGACUACAACGAGCAGAUUGAGCGGGAGGACUACGAGGACUUCGAAUACGUCCGGCGGCAGCAGAAACCCAAGAAACCUGCGAGCAGAAAGAAACCCGAGAAGCCGCCGUUGGAGGUGGAGGAGAAGCCAAAGCCGCCCGUGGAGCCUCCCCCUCCGCCCCCCGAGAGGGACUACGAUGAGAAGCUGCCAUUGCCACUGCCGGACUACGACGACAUGGAAUACGGCCUGCCCCAGCCCAAGAAGUUCCCCAGCAAGAAAGAGGGCGAAGGCGAGAUGGAAACAGACGAGGAGCGACUCAAGCCACGAAAGCCCAAGAAAGGCGGCAGCAGCAAGGAGGAGGAGGAGGUGGAGGUGGACACGGAUGACAAGUGGGCGGAGGAGAAAACCAAGGAGCGGAAAGGGAAGCCGAAGAAGCCGGGCGGGAAGAAGUGGGAGACAGAUGAGGACGAAUGGACGCCCCCGGAGGAGAAAACAAAGUGCCCCCCCAUCGGGAUGGAGUCCCACCGCAUCGAGGACGACCAGAUCCUGGCCUCGUCCAUGCUGCGGCACGGCCUGGGAGCUCAGCGCGGUCGGCUCAACAUGCAGGCCGGCUCCAACGAGGACGAUUUCUUUGACGGCGCCUGGUGCGCGGAGGACGACACCCGGGCUCACUGGAUUGAGGUGGACACCAGGAGAACCACGAAAUUCACAGGGGUCAUCACACAGGGCCGGGACUCCCAGAUCCAUGAUGAUUUUGUCACCGCCUUCUACGUGGGCUUCAGCAACGACAGCCAGAACUGGGUCAUGUACUCCAAUGGCUACGAGGAGAUGCUCUUCCAUGGCAAUGUGGACAGGGACACGCCGGUGCUGACCGAGUUCCCGGAGCCCGUGGUCGCGCGCUUCAUCCGGGUGUACCCGCAGAUCUGGAACGGGAGCCUGUGCAUGCGGCUGGAGGUGCUGGGCUGCCCCCUCUCCACCAUCAGCAGCUAUUACAGCCAACAGAACGAGGUGACGUCCACCGACAACCUGGACUUCCGCCACCACAGCUACAAGGACAUGAGGCAGCUCAUGAAGGUGGUGAACGAAGAGUGUCCCAGCAUCACGCGCAUCUACAACAUCGGCAAGAGCUCCCGCGGCCUGAAGAUCUACGCCAUGGAGAUCUCGGACAAGCCGGGGGAGCAUGAGCUUGGGGAGCCUGAAUUCCGCUACACGGCCGGGCUGCACGGCAAUGAGGUGCUGGGCCGCGAGCUUCUGCUGCUGUUGAUGCAGUUCCUGUGCAAGGAGUACCAGGACGGGAACCCACGUGUGCGCAGCCUGGUGACAGAGACCCGCAUCCACCUCGUGCCCUCCCUCAACCCUGACGGCUACGAGAUCGCCAGCCAGGCGGGCUCCGAGCUGGGUAACUGGGCGCUGGGCCACUGGAACGAGGAAGGCUACGACAUCUUCGAGAACUUCCCGGACCUGGCCAGCGUGCUGUGGGCAGCCGAGGAGCGGAAGUGGGUCCCACACCGGGUCCCCAACCACCACAUCCCCAUCCCCGAGCACUACUUGGCCGAAGACGCCCACGUGGCUGUGGAGGUGCGCGCCAUCCUCGCCUGGAUGGAGAAGACCCCCUUCGUGCUGGGAGCCAACUUCCACGGCGGGGAGAAGCUGGUGUCAUACCCCUACGACAUGGCCCGGCCGCCCCGCGAGGGAGAGGGGGCGGCGGCGGCUCGCCCGCUGGACGACUAUGAAGAUGAGAACCUGGAUGCGCAGGAGACCCCCGACCACGCCAUCUUCCGUUGGCUGGCCAUCGCCUACGCCUCGGCUCACCUCACCAUGACCGAGACCUUCCGCGGGGGCUGCCACACCCAGGACAUGACCAACGGCAUGGGCAUCGUCAGCGGCGCCAAGUGGCACCCCCGAGUGGGGAGCCUGAACGACUUCAGCUACCUGCACACCAACUGCCUGGAGCUCUCCAUCUACCUGGGCUGCGACAAGUUCCCCCACGCCAGCGAGCUGCAGCAGGAGUGGGAGAACAACAAGGAGUCGCUGCUCACCUUCAUGGAGCAGGUGCAUCGGGGCAUUAAAGGGGUGGUGACAGACCAGCAGGGGGACCCCAUCGCUAACGCCACCAUCAUCGUGGGAGGAAUCAACCACAACAUGAAAACAGCCAGCGGCGGGGAUUACUGGCGCAUCCUGAACCCGGGCGAGUACCGCGUGGUGGCCAGGGCCGAGGGCUACAACCCCAGCGUCAAAACCUGCACUGUCCUGUACGACAUCGGUGCCACGCAGUGCAACUUCGUCCUCUCGCGCUCCAACUGGAAACGCAUCCGGGAGAUCAUGGCCAUGAACGGGAACCGGCCCAUCCGGCGCAUCCCGUCUGGGCGGCCCAUGACGCCCCAGGAGCGCAUGCGGCUCCGCCAGCGGAUGCGCCAGCGCAUGCGGCUCCGCCAACAGAUGCGCCAGCGCAUGCUGAACGCCACCACCACCGGCGCCCCCCCCACGCUGGUCCCCACCACCUCCCUCCCCUUCACCUUCAGCAGCACCACCUUCGCCCCCUGGAGCCAGCCGCCGCCCACCGCCGCCACCUGGGAGACCGAGACCUACACUGAGCUGGAGACAGUGACGGAGCUGGUGAUGGAGCUGGAGACGGAGGCCGGGGCCUGGGAGGUGGGCACAGGGACUGCGCAGCCCCUGACCACGGCGGAGACCUACACUGUGAACUUUGGCGAUUAGGAGGCGCUCCGGUCGCUGCUGCCUAAGGCCUAACCCAGAUGCUAGUGCCCGGUGGCCAGCUCCCUGCCCACAGCCAGCCACCCUUUCCUCAGCUGCAGGGACUGUCAUCUGCUUCUAGAGCCCCGCGGCUCCAGGCAGCCUGCUGUCAACCCAGUACUCACCCCCACCGGCCUCCUGCUUCCAUGCCAGGCUCACCAUGCCGCUUUCUAGGAGUCCAGGGGUACGUAGCUGCCCGCAGGGGGCUGGGCAUGGGGGUGCCUGACCCUCCUGGGCAGGAAACGACGGGAUCCCCUUGAGACUGGGCAGCACCGGCAGCUGGCCAGGCUCAGGGAGCGAGGGAGGGUUGAUGCAGGACUCAGCCCUGCACCGCCCAGCAGGGGGAGCUGGGACCCUCUCCAGGGCAGGGCCCAGGAGGCACGGGCAGUGCAGCCCCACGGGCAGCUGGGUUCCUCCACGCAGUUCCUGUUAUACGAAUAAAUCCAGCUACGUCGGUAAAGGUGCCAGCUUUGUC